AUGUCUGAUUCUUACAGCGCCCGCGAUCUAAGCGAUUACCACAGAUUCAGACGGCUCUUCUGCCGCAAAACCGAACUUGGGGCCGGGGGCGAUGGGACCGUGUACGAGUAUGAACACCGGCGCACCAAGAAGCUCAUCGCAGUCAAGGUACCAAACAACGACCAUGUCACGGCAGCCAAGACAAGCGUGUGCCUUGCAGGGGAGGUUUCAAACCUACGGAUUCUGGGCAAGCACCCGCACAUUGUAACCAUGCUCGGCUGCUGCGACGACUUCAAGCCUCGCGGGCCCGCCGUCAUGCUUGAGCUGUGCGAGCUCGGCGACCUCCAUUCCUUCAUGGACAAACUCAGCGCGCAGCAGCUCAGGCGGGGCAGCAAGACAUGUCGCGUCCCCGAAAACACUAUUUGGAAAUUCUUGCGCGACAUGGGUCUCGCGAUAGACGUCUUGCACAACCACAACAUCGCCCACGGCAGCGGGUACUUGCACCGCGACCUCAAGCCAGGAAACAUCCUAGUAAAGUAUCCGGACGGGUGGGCAACCGAGGACGGAGUUCCGGUAGAGCCCACGUUCCAACUGUCAGAUUUCUCGCGAAUGAAGCCGUAUCCGCCUCAGACAAAGGAGGACGAGGACGAGGACGCCGUCUUCUGCGGAACCCCGGAAUACGCGCCUCCACUUCACGAGCAGCGGGAGGCGAAGCCCUCGGGGGAUCUCUGGUCGUUGGGUGCAACGCUCCAGACCCUUGCUCUGGACGCAUACCCCAUCCAAUCCCACGAGUCCUUCAUCGCAGAGCGCAACAAAGCCCACCGAGACCAUCCCCAGCUCGCCGACAAGCUCGAGUGGACCCAGCUCGAGUGGCGCACAAGUCUCCCAACCGUGUACCGCCCGCUAUCCGCAUCGUGUGCAGAGCUCCAGGAAACCCACGAUUUCCGCGACUCGAUACGGAAUCCCAGACGGGGAGUAUACGAGGACCGGAGGCCGUAUAGCGACGCGCUCAAUGCCUGGUACUCGGCGCUGUGGAACAAAAGCGAAAGCGAGCGCAUUACCGCAGCAAUGCUGGUCCGAUAUCAAGUCCCCGGCGCUGAAGCCGAGAUGGCGAUUGCAAGAGACAUGGAGGCGGCGGAGUUGUGUCUUGAUGAAGCUAGGAGGAUAAGAGAAAACGUGGCCAUGCGACGUUCGGGUCUGGGGAGAAGAUGA